AUGAGUCCUCCACGUAAUAAAGGUAAAUCAAGUGAAAAUCCUAAAUGUACAAUAUGUGUUUAUCAUUUUAAAGAUUUAGAUGGACAUGUUUUGAGGAUGCAUGGAACUACAAGUAAUACAAGACAAGAGAGAAGAAAUGCGAAUUUCCAACAUCGAAACAAGGGUUAUAUAAGAAUUCUCUGUAAUCAAAAAUGCAGUGCAUUAGAAGACAGAUUAAUUUUUGAAGAAAAAAUUAGAUGGUUCAUCUUGUUGAAAAACAUCGCUAAAAUUUCAGAUGAGAACAAUCUUUCAAUUUUUCAAUUGAUUUAUUCAAAUUUUAAUCGUGCAAAAAGAGAGAACGAUGACAAAAUUAAAAGAUUACGCGAAGAAGUCGAAGUUCUUAGAAAAGAACUUGAAAAAGUUAAAAAUAAACUCAAAGAACUUGAACAAGUAAACAAUGCAGAUUCAGUUUUGAAUUCGAUGAGAGUGGAACUUGAUCAAAAGGAUGAAAAUAUCGAUUUAUUGACAAAACAAGUCUCAGAAUUAAAAUUAGUCAACGAAGAAAGGAAUAACGUUAUCAAAAAAUUAGAAGAUGAUAUGAAUGAUGCGAUAGCUAAACUUGCUUCUAAGGAAAAAAAAUACAAGUCUGCCAUAGUAGUAAAUGAAAAAGAUCUUAAAGAAAGAGACCAAAGGGAAACCAAAAUCAAGAUACUAGAAUCUAAGUUAGGUAGUAAUAAUGCGAUAUAUGAAAUUAUAGAUUCUGAUACAGAUCCUUGA